UACUUUAUAUUUUAUAUAAGAAGAAAAAACUACUUUAUUUAUGCUCUUUUAACAAAAAUCUGUCUACCACUUCCAAUUAGUCUCACCUGCUCCCCCAAACACAUCCCUCUCUGAUAAACAUGGAAGGUUUGAGUUUCUCUGUUGGAGUCAUAGGGAACAUUAUUUCAGUGCUUAUGUUUCUUUCUCCGGCAAAAACAUUUUGGAGAAUUGUAAAAAAUGGUUCGACAGAAGACUUUGAGAGCCUUCCAUACAUUUGCACACUGCUAAACUCAUCGUUGUGGACUUACUACGGUUUGACCAAGCCAGGAGAAGUGCUUGUGGCCACUGUCAAUGGUUUUGGGAUCCUUGUGGAGAUCAUCUACGUUUUCUUGUUUCUUCUUUAUGCUCAGCCAAAGAUGAGGGCAAAGACAGGCAUUUUGGUGGGACUUUUGGAUGUGGGUUUUUUUGGGGUGGCAAUUUUAGUAACUCGGUUAGCUUUGGAAGGAGAUGCACGUAUUAAUGCAAUAGGACUUUUGGGUGCUGGCCUUAAUAUCAUCAUGUAUGGAUCACCUCUUGCUGCCAUGAAAACUGUGGUGACGAGGAAGAGCGUGGAGUACAUGCCAUUCCUUUUAUCAUUUUUUCAAUUUCUCAAUGGUGGAAUUUGGACUUUAUAUGCUAUUCUUGUACAAGAUUAUUUCCUCAUGGUACCAAAUGGAACUGGGUUCUUGCUUGGAAUAGCACAGCUGGUACUAUAUGCAAUAUACAGAAAUGCAAAACCAUCCAUAAAUAUAGAUGUUGGAUCAGAUUCAGAUGCACUUUUGGAACAAGGCUGGAAAACAGAAAACCUCAUUACAUCCUCUUCCACCUCCCACUAAUAUAUAUAUAUAUAUAUAUAUAUUAGGUAUGUGUAUGAGAUUUUUAUGAGAGAACUGCAACAAAUACAAUUAACUUGUUUGUUUAUAUUUUAUUCGGGAAAAAAACAAAUAAAGAAAGUUGCAUUUAGAUUAACACGAUUUUGAGAAUCACCUUAUUUAUUUAUUUAUUUAUUACAUAUUGUGCUUGUUUGUUGC